CGCGCCGCGCACUCCAGCCCCUGUGUGUAGGAACCAGAGCAGUGGAGCUCUGAGCUAGACAUGGCGGCCGAUCCUAAGCCGGACUGGCUCUCCUGCCUUCCCUCUGCCUGGAGUUACGGGGUGACUCGGGAUGGACGCAUAUUCUUUAUCAACGAAGAAGCGAAGAGCACAACCUGGCUGCAUCCCGUUACCGGAGAAGCCGUAAUCACGGGGCACAGAAAAACUCCAGAUUUACCAACAGGAUGGGAGGAAGGAUACACAUUCGAGGGAGCUCGCUGCUUCAUCAAUCACAAUGAGCGAAAGGUGACCUGUAAGCACCCGGUGUCAGGCGUCCCCUCCCAAGACAACUGCAUCUUUGUCGUGAACGAACACAUGAAUUGUGGAAUGCUUGUCCACCCUGACAAGCCAGUAGAGGCUCUGAGCAGGCCGGCUCCCAAGGCUUCGUCAGAGCAAGGCAGCACCAGUGACAAGAAGGAGCGUCCCAUGAGCACCAUGAGCGAAGCGUCAAACUACACGGGCGGCUCCGACUACAGCACCUUCCCCGGCAGCCCGGCCACCACCGCCAACACCACCACCACCACCUCCACUUCAUCCACACGGCCCUCUAGGUCUUCCAAAAAAGUUCACAACUUCGGGAAGAGGUCAAACUCCAUCAAGAGGAACCCCAAUGCCCCGGUUGUCAAGAGCAACUGGCUUUACAAACAGGACAGCACAGGCAUGAAGCUGUGGAAGAAGAGGUGGUUUGUUCUGUGCGACCUGUGCCUCUUCUACUACCGUGACGAUAAAGAGGAUAGCAUCCUGGGAAGUAUCCUGCUGCCAAGCUUUCACAUCUCCAUGUUGUCUGUGGAUGACCACAUCAGCAGGAAAUAUGCCUUCAAGGCCACUCACCCCAACAUGCGGACGUAUUAUUUCUGCACUGACACAUCCAAAGAGAUGGAGUCCUGGAUGAAAGUCAUGACGGAUGCUGCCCUCGUCCACUCUGAACCAGUGAGAAGACUGGACAAGUUGAAAGUGGAUCAGCGGACCCCUCAGGAGUUGAACAACUUCCUGAACCACAGAGUCCUAACCCGGCCCGAGAUCCAGAACAACGAACGCAACCGCGAGCCCGUGCGACAACACUCCCUGUCUCGAGUCGACGACAAACGGCAGAAAGACCUGGAGAAACACAACUGCCAGCGGGAGUACUACACCUUACAGAGAGACGGGGAGAAGUACUCGCUGAAGAAAGACGGCGUGAGCUACAUGCUUCAGAAGGACGGAGAGAGGUACAUGCUGCGAAAAGACGGGGACAAGUCUUCGCUGCAGAAAGACGGAGAGGUGUGCGCACUCCACAGGGAUCUGGAGAAGCAUGCUGUCCAGAACAAGGACGAAACGUGCAUUGUGACGCCGACGGAGGAGAAAUACGCUCCGUCUAAAGAUGGAGAGAAGUACCUGCUCGCGAGGGAUGGAGAGAAAUACGCACUGCAAAAAAUAGGAGACAGGCACACACUCCAGAAAGAUGGACCGAAAUACGUUCCCCAGAAGCAGGUGAAGAGACAGCUGUCAUUAAAGGAGACGGAGAGGUACGGUGUCAUGAGGGAGAUGGAGAAUAAAUAUGGUACCAUACAGGUUGUGGACAAAUACGGCACUCUGAAGGAAGUGAGGAAAUACAGCACGCUCCGGGAAGGGGAGAAAUACGCUACUCUCAGAGACGCAGGGAAGUAUGCUACGAUCCGUGGCGGGGAUAGAUAUGGCUUCCAGAGAGACCCGAGUGCAGAGAGGUCUCUGACUAAAAUCAGCAGCAUCAAGCUGCAGCCGGCUCAGGCCGCCGCUAUCGCAGCCGCGGUGUCUGCAUCUCGCCAGGGCCAGGCCAAUCUCAAUGUCCAGCAUCCUGCGCAGGUCAACGGCUCGGGGUCCGCUGCGGCGCCCGCGGAGCAGACUGGGGACUGCAGCCCGGCAGAGGUGGACAGCAGCCUGGCCAUGGGUCCAGGAAAGUCCCCUGCUCCGGUCCAGGAGCCGGAGAAGGGCCUGUCCCGGACCAAUUCCAUGCAGCAGCUGGAACACUGGGUCCGCACACACAGGACAAGAGGACUGGACGAUGACACCAGGAGUGUUACGUCCUACCAGACCCUACCCAGGAACAUGCCCAGCCACCGUGCUCAGAUUGUGCCCCGCUACCCAGAGGGCUACCGCACGCUGCCCCGCAACAGCAUGAUGAGGCCCGACAGCAUCUGCAGCGUGGCGGGCUCUGUGUAUGACCGGGCCCUCCGUCCCGCCUCCACCAGCACCAUCACCACAGCGGAGAAGAGGCGGUCGAUGAGGGACGACACCAUGUGGCAGCUGUAUGAGUGGCAGCAGAGACAGGCCUUCUCCAGGCACAGUCUGGCUCAGCCAACAGCUGUGGGUCAUUAUGGCACCCUGCCCAGCACAAAGACCAUGGGUAACAUCUGUGAACACUCUGUGGCGCACUCCAUCCCCACCUCACCGUCUCAUGGCUCCCUGGCCCUCUACAGCACCUUCUCCCCCCCACGCCAGCAGGUCCCUCCAACAACAGCACCCCCCGCCUCUCUACCUUACGGCUACCCGCCUGACCGACGAUCCAUCGCAGCCGGCGUCCCUCCUCAGUCCAUCACCCCACAGUCCCUGCAAGGCAAGACGCCCGAGGAGCUGACCCUGCUCCUGAUCAAGCUCCGCCGGCAGCAGGCGGAGCUCAACAGCCUGCGGGAACACACAGUAGCUCAGCUAAUGGCCCUGGGUUUGGAGGGGCCCAACGCCAAGACUGACGUUCUUUCUCAUCACCUCCAAAGGAACCUUAUUUACCUGGACAGCCAGAUCAGUCCAGACGACUUCAAAGACGGCUCGUUCAUCCCGCGCACAGAGGAGGCUGACAUAGACACCAAGCUGAGCAGACUGUGUGAGCAGGACAAGGCGGUGAGGAUGCAGGAGGAGAAACUGCAGCAGCUCCACAGAGAGAAGCACACUCUUGAGACAGCCCUGCUGUCUGCCAGUCAGGAGCUGAGUGAGCAGAGCGGCUCCAGCGCUGGCGCCCAGAGCCUGGUCCAGCAGAGGGACGUGCUGCAGAACGGCCUGCUCAGCACCUGCAGAGAGCUGUCCAGAGUCAGCACUGAGUUGGAGCGUUCCUGGAGGGAGUACGACAGGUUGGGGGCAGAUGUUACUCUGGCCAAGUCCAACCUGCUGGAGCAGCUGGAGGCCCUGGGCAGUCCGCAGACAGAGCCUCCAAGCCAGCGGCACAUCCAGAUCCAGAAGGAGCUGUGGAGGAUCCAGGACGUGAUGGAGGCUCUGGCCAAAAACAAACCACAGCGGAGCACAGACAGCACAGGCUUACCCGGUUCCAAACCGCUCUCUAGUCUCCAGAAGAACGAGCAAGCUCCAGACUACCGGCUGUAUAAGAGCGAGCCUGAGCUGACCACGGUGAAGGAGGAAGUAGACGAGGCCAACGGUGAGGACAAGGACAAGACCGACUCCUCUGCUGAGAGCAGGGACACUGCAGCUUCAAAAGUGCCCCCCUACCCGGUGGGCAUCAUUCCUCCCAGGACCAAAUCCCCCAUAAGUCCUUGCAGGAGUCCUCCCGAGUCCUCCACUAUUGCCUCCUAUGUCACCCUGAGGAAGACCAAGAAGCCUGAAUCCAGAUCAGACCGUCCCAGGAGUGCCGUGGAUCAGACAGGGUUUGGGGAGCGGGAGGUGGGGAGAACCAGGAUGAGUGUGGAGGAGCAGCUGGAGAGGAUGAGGAGGAACCAGCAGGCCUCGUCGCUUCGAGAGAAGAAGAGAGAAACGCCAUCCCGCUCGCCCUCCUUCAGCAAAGACAGCCCUUCCUUUAUCCAGCAGAGUCGGCUCCAGGCGGAGGGGGCGUGUGCAGACCCUGUGGAGCUGGAAGCGGCUCUGCAGCAGCUGAAGGCGGCUCACAUGGAGCGGAGCAGGACGGCUGCUGAGGCUCAGCCUGCCCCACAGGAGGUGUACAGGGUGGAGGAGGUGAAAGAUGAGGUGCAGCGUGACGGGGACGGUCACGGGACCCUGCAGAGCGUGAAGGACAACAGCACAGACAGUGAGGGAAACACCACCACUGACAACAGCUUCCAGACUCCUGAGCCCGAGACGCCGAGCCCGGAGCCGAGGGAGGACGAACCAGACGCGACGCAACAGAGCGCCAGAGAGGAGAAGCUGGAGCUAACAGCAGAUGACAAGAAACACAACAACAACAACAUGUUGGCUUCGCAGACGUUCACCUUGGUGAGCAGAGACACGUGAGCACUGGCGGCCACGACAUCCACACUGGCGGCCCAUAAAGCCCAAAUGUAGCCUGCCUGCACAGAGCAUGCUCCACGGCUUCCUGCGUUUACAACAGGACUAUUUUGAUACUACUGUUACAUGCCCACAAGGAGACUGAGAGGAUGACAGCCCUGACAACACACAGACGGGCCGCCAUCACUUCCCGACAGUGAGAGAGGCAGAUGUACUGUAUCUUAACACCUGUUAAAUCUGUCCAGACUGAUAUGUCCCUGGGCAAAACACCAACAUAUGGAGUCAGAUUUGUCUCAAAACAUUUCUGCAUAAAAAUAAGAUUGUGAAAUGGUCAUAAAAAAAGUUACAAAUGAUGUUUGAGCUGAAAUAUACUUGCGCAAUCCCCAGAAGGACUUUUGAGAGUUUUUUCUGGUUUCCAUAGGAGUCUCCAGCUCAGUCGCGGCCAGGGGAAAGUAACUGGCCAGGCAUUUGGUUUUUAUAGGCGGGCCCUGACAAUCUAAUUCUUUUUUUUCAGACUAUUCAAUUCAACAACGGAUUCAUAUCGAAUAGUUCAAUAUUAUGUAGGUUUAUAUGUUAACUGAUAUGUACUGUAUAUUUUAAUGAUACUUCAAAUUCGGUUCAGUCGAUAUAAAUGAAUUGUGAGCCGAUAGUGCAGCCUAUUAUUUAUCUGAAUGGCAAAGUUGUGUAGUCUCCCACUAUUAGACCUUACAAUUCAGACACAAGCAGUCCAAGGCCUAGUCAGUUAUUAGUGCAAAACAAAGUCACGAAAAACAGCGACAUCGUGACAGCUGCAUGAUCAACGCCAUGGACAGCAAGACUUUGACUAUAGGGGGCAUGUUAUUCUACUCUCUCAUAUCUAUUACUUCACAUUGACAAACACACACUGAAAAAAGCCCAACAUUUGUAACCACCUAAAAGCUGUAAGACAAUUCAGGACAAAGAACUUAGACAAAAAGGAUAGGAAUAAUAAGAUGACUAACUUACUACACUUUGGUGGCUCAGGCUGGGCCUUAUAUAGCUGCAGCCACCAUUUUCCCGAUAAAUCGAAUCUCCGCAGUGAAGUGUCUUUCCACUCUGUGUUGCAUUUCUUGGUCAGAUCGUGGAAGCACUCAAGAGCCAUAAUGUGGACAUUACUGAGCAGUGUUUUCAGUGUCCAUCAUCUGGAGGUGUGGAGCUGUGUGUCGGGUGCGUGGGUCCAGUCAGUGUAUGCAGGGGGUUCUACUUUUACUGAGUCCAGGAAGGAGCUGCUCUCCGGGUCGAGUGAAGCAAUGGAUUCUAUGAAUGCACCGUUUCGGUCCGUGUACUUUGGCAGCCAACAGGUUUUUGUUUUGAAAUUAAAAAACAAAAUCGGGAACAAAAUGUAGGAGAACAAAAAACG